AUGAGCCGACUACCUUCAGAUAAUUUUCAAUCGCCAAGUUCAGAACAAUCUUUACAUCAAUGGCUUAUUAUUAUUGGCUUGGUCAUAGUUGUUUUAUUUAUAUUAUUGUUAUGUAUUCAAUGUGUCGCUAAAAUAUAUCGAAGUGCUAAUGUAAGCACAAGAAAUUCAAUGGUACCUCAAAUGAAUAGUCAUUUACGCUAUCCCAAUGUUCGAUGUGCAACAUCAAAAAAUUACGCACGCCAAGUAUUAAACAAAUACUCCAAUUAUCAACCAAUUCAGUAUAUUAAUAAUCCACACGAAAGAUCGAUUAUAUCAAUACAUGUUAUUUGA